AUGAAGGAAAUGGAACAAGACUACGAGCAUACGGUGGAACACUACAAGAACGAACUAUCCAGCCUUAAAGCACGUCUGGCGGUGGCAGAUCAGAAGUUGAAGCAGUUUGAACAGACCACCGACAGAACCCGGACGAUGGAUUUAACCAUUUCACCCGUCGUGAAAAGCGAACCAUUGUCUUCAGGCAUCGAUGAAAGCGUCAAAGUGGAAGAAAACGGGACCACGGGGGUAGGACGUCGAAGGCAACCAAAGAGAGCUCGACGGGGGCGAAAGCUGGAGCCCAAAAAUGCUGACUUGCGGGUAGUAUGCCAUUGA